CAAACAGAGCACUCUGCCAACAAGGAAUACUGCCUCAAGCGCUCCUUUUAUCACUUUAAACCCGAUAGCCCGCCGAAAUGGAAUCCCCUCAUGAGCAUCAGCAGAACCUACUGCUUUCCCGUAUCAUUACCAAUGUAGAAAAGCUCAACGAAGCUGUUGUUGUUAUGAAUAAGAGUCUUCAGGACAUCAACAUUCAGAACAUGAACGUUGAAUUGGUUGCACAAAUGUUCAAGAACUACCAAUCGAACGUUCUAUUUCACCUGGAGGCCACGGACAACCUUAAGCCGCCGAACUGAGUAUUGACAUGGGUGGCUAAGGAUGGAGUUUUUGCAUUUAUGAUGAUGGCGCAUGGUUGUACAUGAAAUAAUGACUUACUGCCAACUCUUCCAACAUAGCAAGGAAUUUGACACGAGGCAGGAUUGCUUUACCAGAACCAAGCUUGCCUACUAACCUUACCUUGACCUGCCUACUGUUUGCCC